GCGCGCUGUCGCAUAUACACGUACUGAGUGAAACCCCUUUAAUAAUCUUCGACUCCUUUUAACUCCUGCACGUCCAGAAGUUUCUUAAUCAGCGAAGUUGGCAAGCAGAAACUUACAGUUCGCUGUAUCACCAAGAAACUUGAAAGCGUUAAGCUUGACAGUGUUGGAUUUAAUUAAAGAUUGUCGGAGUGCGUGAUUAGUGAACUUUGAUUUCGUGCUCCGGAGUAUUCCGGAGUGUACCGUGGUUAGUAAAACAGGCAAAGUGUCUCCAAUAAAGUUGUCGGCGAUGGACAGCAACUCGGUGUCGCCGAUGCCAGAGCUGGCUCCCAUCGCGGAGUUCGAUAAAUCGCCGCCUUCUCCUCCCAACGAAGAAGUGCCAAUGGACGACUUACCGCCACCUCCGACUAUAUCGCAAGCUGAAGGCAAGAAAAUUAAAGUUCAACGCAGCCGCUCAUAUGACUCUGACGAGCACGAGCGAGGCGCGUGCGAGUGGUGCGAGUAUGCACUGGUCAUCACGCUCGCCACUAUCCUCCUCAUCGGCGUCUCCGCCCUCACCGUCUUCUGGGUCUUCUUCUACCGGGAGGGCUACGCCUGGGCCGAUGACAUCCCCGAGAAGCAAUUCAACUUGCAUCCCACCUUGAUGGUUGCUGGAUUCAUCACUUUUAGCGGCUUUUCGGUACUGCUGUACCGCAUCUGCCGCUGCUUCCGGCGCAUCUACGUGAAGCUGCUGCACGCCAUUUUCCAUGCGCUCGCGUUCCCCUGCAUCGUAAUAGGCUUCCUCGCCGUGCUCGACUACCACAACAAGAAGGGAAUCAACAACUUCUACUCUCUGCACAGCUGGAUCGGCUUCGUCGCCAUGGGACUGUUUGGACUUCAGUAUGCAGUCGGCUUCUUCAGUUUCCUAUUGUUGUUGAUCUGCAACAAAGGCACUGCCGGCUUCCGCGCUUCUCUCGUGCCGGUCCACGCUGCCUUCGGUAUCCUUACCUUUGUCCUCGGCGUCGCUGCUUGCCUCACCGGUCUUACUGAAAAAGCCAUCUUCACCCUUGGCGCGGAGAGGUACAGUGGGCUGCCGGACGAAGGAGUCAUCAUCAAUGCCAUCGGGGUGGCCUCAAUCGCCAUCUUAGCAGUGGUCAUGUACAUUCUAUCGAGGGACAAGUUCCGCACGGCUGCCUCUCGCGAGCACAUACGAGUUUCAGUAGACCUUUAGAACCAUAGACUAACCAUACAGAGACCGUGGACAUGCUAUGGUCGCAAUGUUGCUAGAAUCAGUUGCGCGCGAAAAUCAUAAUUCACACAGAUUACAUACAAGUGUCAAUUUUGCUAAGAUCUUUCAGCGUGUUGCUAUUUUUAAAUAGUAAUUUAAUUACACAUCGCUGAUACGUAUUAGCUACUUAUUAAUAGUUUUGUUCUUACUUUAAGUUAUACCUAUACGAAAAUCUAGAACUUGAAACUCGAAAACAACUUUUAAAUAUUUUAAUUUUACCUACAAAUUCAAAGUAGCUUGGUACCUGACUGAAAUAUAGGGCGCAUAUUAUUUAAAAGUGUACGUUGUUAUAUUACAUAUUCGUAAGAGCAGUGGACCUAGUAUGAAUAUUUGUGACAAUCGCCUUCGUAUCGUCAUCGUUAUGUCAAAAUUAGUAUAAGAUUUUUGAUAUACUUUACCCGAUAGAGGCGUCGCACAAUUUUUAAUACAAAUUUAAUCGAUGACGAUACGAUGGCGAUUGUCAUAAAUAUUCAUGCUAGGUCCACUGCUAAAUUAAGUUUUACUUUGUAUCAAUAUUCCCGAAUACAUUUUUAGGUUAAUUUUUACCUUAUUAGAUUCUAGAAAGAACAUUAUUAAAACUUAUUUGACAGUCAAGAAAUAUUAUAUGAAUGAUAAGAAUAUGUACAGAAAACUGGAAAUAUUAAAAGAUAUAAUGAAGGAGGCUCAUUAAAGAUUUGGUCUGUAUCAGACCAAAUCAGACCGUAUGGUUAAUAUAUUUAAGGUGAAAAAUUACAUGAAAUAAAAUAAUUUAAGGCCAUACAUUCCAGUAUAGGAAUUAA